AUGGCCCCAGCGAUUGUAGAAGAGAAGAAUGGAAGGGGAAUAGGAUUUCAGACGAUGAUUAAAGAGUGUCCGGUUACGGAAGAGAGGAUGCCGUUCCUUGAGAGGGGGGAAGAGAAGAGAUUGAGGGAUCCGGGUGGGUUGUCUUUUGAUUUCUUUGGUUUGGAUUUUGGUGUGAUACAGAGGACAGGAUGUUGAUGAGGAGUUGAGGAUCCAGCCAUUUGAGGGUGGAUUCGCAGAAGGGGAUGUACUUGAGUUUUACUAAUAUGAGGAUAUAAUAGGACUUGCAAGAGCAAAUCAAGCAGCAUCUGUUGAAGCACCAUACGGAACACAGAAAGACAAUUAUGUUCAGCGCAAUAAACACCUCACAGUUCGUAUCCUCCUUUCACUUCCCCUUCCCCCCUCAUCCUCAUCCUCACUAUUCCCCAUCUUCACACCCACUAACCUACCCAGGUCCUCCAACAACACAUCUCCUUCUUCGACCCCGACUCCGACGGCAUAAUCUGGCCCCAAGACACCUACACCGGUUUCCGACGCCUAACUUACAACCCCUUUCUCGCACUCCUCGCCGUCCUAAUCAUCCACACCAAUUUCUCCUACCCGACUCUCCCACCCGGAUCCUGGAUCCCUGAUAUCUUCUUCCGUAUCUGGACAGACAGAAUCCAUAAAGAUAAACAUGGGAGUGAUACCGGAACAUAUGAUCAUGAGGGUCGAUUUAUUCCUCAGAGAUUCGAGGAGAUUUUUAGUAAAUAUGCCACGACGGGGGAUAAGGAGUCGAUUUCUUUGAGGGAGGCGUGGGAUGUUAUGAAGGGGCAGAGGUCGAUUGCGGAUCCGAUUGGCUGGGGUGGUGCGCUUUUUGAAUGUGAGUUUACUUUUGUUUUUGUUUUAUGUUCGGCCGGGGGUGUUUGGUGGUAAGAGGAAGAAAGGUGAUGAAUUAAUUAGUACUAAUGAUUAUUAGGGCUCGCGACGUGGCUUUUGUUAUGGCCGGAAGAUGGGAGGAUGAAAAAAGAAGACAUUAG